AUGUCAAUCAAAGUAGCAGAUUAUCUUUUCACCCGCCUCCGCCAGCUGGGUGUUGACACUGUCUUUGGCGUGCCUGGCGACUUCAACCUUCGUUUAUUGGAUUUCGUGGAGCCUUCAGGUCUGCGAUGGGUAGGCAACUGCAAUGAGUUAAAUGGUGCCUAUGCCGCGGAUGGGUAUGCUCGUAUCAAAGGUCUUUCGGCGUUGGUCACUACCUAUGGUGUCGGAGAGCUCUCGGCAAUCAAUGGAAUUGCAGGCGCCUUUGCCGAGAAGGCACCCAUAGUUCAUAUAGUGGGCUCAGUCCCACGUCCGAAACAGGAAGCUCGAAUCUUUGUGCAUCAUACUUUUGGAGAUGGAGAUUAUCGGCACUUUGCGAGUAUGGCCACACAUGUGACAGUUGCACAAGCGAAUUUGAUAGAUCCACGACUUAUCCCGGACCAGAUUGACUGGGUGUUGAAACAGGCGAUCUUGCACAGUCGACCAGUCUACAUUGAGGUGCCAGACGAUAUGCCCGAUGUGCUCGUCGAGACCAAGAAUCUCGAAGAUGUCAUCAAACUUGAUCCGGGACGACAGACUGAGUCGGAUGCAGUGGCCUUGGAACAGGUGACGGAAAGAAUAUAUGGAGCUAAACAACCCUUAAUCAUAGUUGAUGGGGAAACUAGGGCAAUGGGUAUAUCGACCGACGCUGAGAACUUAGUCAAAUUGACUAAUUGGCCGACGUGGACCACUAUGUUUGGAAGGGCUCUGAUCAACGAACAGCUUCAGAACGUGUAUGGCAUUUACACUGGCCAAUUUGGCGACCCAUCAUGGAAAAAGUACCAUGAUACUGCCGACCUCAUCAUUAUCAUUGGGCCUCAUUACAGCGAUACCAACACUUCGAUAUUCACAGCAUUGCCUAACGCAGCAGUUACAGUCGCAUUCUCACCAAACACUAUUCAAAUCGGAGACGACAUCUACCGAGACGUAUCUAAAAGCUUCCUCAACCGCCUCGUCAGCAGUCUGGAUGCCUCACGCAUUGCAAAGGUCGAGGGUCCUUCUUAUUCGAUUAGAACGAAUAAAGCUCUGGAUCCAUCUGGACUGAUCACACAAGAACACUUCUGGGAGAAAAUGAAUGGCCUCUUUCAAGAAGGUGAUUUGAUUCUGGCGGAAACAGGGACUUCCUCGUAUGGGAGUCAGGCUUUUUCAGUUCCCAAAAAUGCACGUCUUUUUAACGCUGUCACCUGGUUGUCCAUCGGAUACAUGCUUCCUGCCACGUUAGGAGCCACCUUGGCGCAACGAGACCGGACCAAGGACGAUACAACGCGUUCAUUUCUCUUCAUUGGGGAUGGUAGUCUGCAGAUGUCCGUGCAAGAAAUCAGCACAAUGAUCAAGGAGAACUUGAAUGUCAUCAUCUUCGUUAUCAACAACGGUGGAUACACUAUCGAGCGAGCCAUUCACGGCCGAACUCAACGAUACAAUGAUGUCGCUGUUUGGAGGCAUACUCAAGCUACUAGUUUCUUCGGCGCAAAUGAAAGCCACUCCGUGAACAAUAAUUUUGUGGCUAGAAGCUGGUCAGACCUAGAGCGGAUAUUGUCGAAUGAAAGCAUCCAGAAAGGCAGCGGUGUUAGGCUGGUCGAGGUCUUCAUGGAAAGGGAUGAUGUGUGCGGAAUUUUACUACCACUAAUGAAGACCAGGAUCGCCAACGGUGACUAG